AUGGAGUUCCGCCCAGUUCCUCUGCGUGUUCUGCUCAAGCGCCGCUUCAUCCAGCUUCUCUUGCUCCUUUUCGUGUUGUGGUUCUUCAUGUGCAAGUUGACUCACUACGGCGUGCUUUCCGGCCGCUAUCUUGGUCUCUCUGCCUGCAUCAAUGUCGAGUUUGGCUACAACCCAUCCACUGCCUCCAUUCCAGCCUUCGAACCGCCAGAAAACUCAACCUAUCGAGCACCGGACACAAUCGACACCUUUCGGAACUACGCCUGGCGAAACCACACCGAGUGUCAAAUCUCCUCCCUGGACUUACACUCUGCCUUUUCUCCCUUGUGCGCUACGCGAGAGGACUUCUUACGAGCCUUCUCUGGCGGUGGACGGAUCGGUUUUGAUCGCCCUUUCAUUCCGCUCGAGUGCGACAUGCGCUGGUUCACUACAGAAGAGGUCUGCGAGAUUUUCUCACGGUUCGAAAAGAUCAUUGUCGUAGGGGAUAGUAUGAUGAGACACGUCGUGGGAGCGUUGAACGUGCUUCUACGCAAAGAUCUUGGAUACGGAGCGGUGACGAACUGGAACUUUGAUGACCAGGAAUUGCGUGAAUGCUUCUGCAACCACCAGAUGGACGUCAAAUCUUGCUCAGUACAAGGUAUCUUCUCUACCUCCUCGGUCCUGGAACACGAUCUGUCAAGCUUGGCCUGCCCGCCCGAGAUUCCAAUCGACCUCGUCAUCGAGAUGAUGCUCCGCUUCCCACUUGACAACGAAGAACUGAACCGCUACAAGAACCUGCUCUCGCCUAAUAAACCAGCCAAACCCUACGCUUUCAUCUUCGGUCACGGCCUGUGGAACGACCUCGACCUCCAAGCCACAUUGAACUGGCUGGACGGCAUCCUCGACCACACACUCCUCCAAGCCCCGUACCUGUCCGCGGUGAACAAGCGACAUGCUCAUUCCAUCUGGCCUCGACUGUUCAUCACACCAAACGCUGCCGGCGUCAGAAAACCAGACGAGUGGCUAGUCAGUCAGGGCGACAAGGCCCUCAUGAUCUUUGAGGAGAGCGUGCGUGCGGAGGCCGCCAAGAGAGGCGUCGAGACCAUGGGCACCUGGAACAUGAGCGUGCAAGCGUCGAAGUAUGACGGCGUACACUUGGACUUGAAGGGCAAUUUGGUCAAGGCCAUGGGGGUGGUCAAUUGGUUGAAUCUAGUCGAUGUGGACGUCUGGUGA